CAACAUGUGUAAUCGUUCUUUCUGUUCUAUCUUACGCCCACCUCUGAAGCUGUGCUCUUUAGGAAAGUUCAAAACCUUGCACAAUUUCAUCCCUUGGCAAGCUGACGUGUAAUAACACUGGAUGUGCAGGCUGUGUGAACACAGAAUUACUGAGCAAUGCUGAUGUGGUGGAUAGCAUUAACCCUAACAUGGCCAGGCACAAACAGCUUCAUGAUUCACAACAAAAAGGAAAGCCUGUGUCUAGAGGACUCUAAUGAAGGAGAAGUUCAGCUACAGAGAUGCAAUCAGGACUCAGUCCACCAGCAGUGGAUUUGGACGGAUAGCUGGUUUCUUGUAAACGCAGGCACCUUGAGAUGUCUCUCUGCUGCCCACAGUGACCCAGUCCAAACAAUUACUUGUACUUCUGGUGACCAAUUCAUAUGGCAGUGCAAAGCUCAACAGCUCAUCAGCCUGUCCAAUUCCUUGGUAUUGAGCGCAGAAGGUGGAAAACUUAGUCUAAAUAGGGGUGAACACAACAAGUGGAAGUCUCUGGACGUGGAUGAUAUCUGUCAGGACAAACUGAGAUCCAGAAGGCAAAGUGAGACAGAUGAAUUUGGCUUUGCUGAAACGGAAGGGCCGCCUGCCCCACAGGGAAUGUCGGAGGCACAGAUGAGGUUUUUACAGUGGUAUUACCGCACAGAAGACCCAACAACGUGGAAGUUUGCCAUGUUAGCAUUUGCUUUUCUGGGUCUUCUGAUUGGCUGUAUGCUGCUGGUGAUGGCCAUGAUGGCUAGUAGGAACAGGAAACAAAUAGCCAAGUACAAAGCAUCCAUAAAAGUUAAAGAAGUGAAUUCUGAAAUGGAGGAGCUGCAGGUCAUUAUCACUGAUAAGGUUACAGAAGUCAAAGAGGAGAAACCCUCUUCCACAACCCCGAUGCAGAACAGCCAUACAGAUUGGGAAGAGUCUUCAGACAAUGUUAAAGUCACAGAGGAACUGAGGCCUGGUGAAAUUUUGGUGACCUGGAAAGACGGGAACGUGUCAACUCUGUAUCCAGAACCUGUACAGGAGGGGGAAGGUGAGGAGGAAGAGGUCCUAAGCUGAGGCAACAUCAACAUCUCACUUAAGGGUCUAGACAUGGAGACUCUUCCCCAAAACACCCCCAUUGAACAGCUCCAUCUGAGGCUCCUACAUUAUCAUUUGGACCAUUCACAAAUUAUCUAUUAGUCCUACUGCUUGUCUUCUUCAUCUGUUUUACUGUAUAAAACCAACUUAUGUUAUGACUAGGACGGAAGAGAAAAACUCAUCCUUUGAAAAGACGAGAUCUGAUUAGUUGAGGAAUAUUCAGAGGUCAACCAAUUUAGUAUAAUCAAUUUCAUUAUUUCAUUUCAUUUCAUCACAUUCAUGCAUAAAUUAAUUUCAGUUUUACAGCUGAAGACAGAAGUUUACAUACACCUUAGCCAAAUAUAUUUAAACUCAGUUUUUGAAAAUUCCUGACAUUUACAGUAAUCGUAGAAAACAUUCUUAGGUCAGUUAGGAUCACUACUGUAUUUUAAGAAUGUGAAAUGUCAGAAAAAUAGUAGGGAGAAUUAUUUCUUUCAGCUUUUAUUUCUUUCAUCACAUUCCCUGUGGUUCAGAAUUUUACAUACAAUUGGUUAGUAUUUGGUAGCAUUGCCUUUAAAUUGUUUAACUUGGGUCAAACAUUUUGGGUAGCCUUCCACAAGCUUCUCACAAUAAGUUGUUGGAAUUUUGGCCCAUUCCUCCAGACAGAACUGGUGUAACUGAGUCAGGUUUGUAGGCCUAUCGGAUUGAGGUCAGGGCUUUGUGAUGGCCACUCCAAUACCUUGACUUUGUUGUCCUUAAGCCAUUUUGCCACAGGUAUGCUUGGAGUCAUUGUCCAUUUGGAAGACCCAUUUGCGACUGAGCUUUAACUUCAUGGCUGAUGUCUUGAGAUGUUGCUUCAAUAUAUCCUCAUUUUUGCACCAGUCCCUCCUGCAGCAAAGCACCCCCACAACAUGAUGCUGCUACCCCCAUGCUUCACGGUUGGGAUGGUGUUCUUCAGCUUGCAAGCCUCACCCUUUUUCCUCCAAACAUAACGAUGGUCAUUAUGGCCAAAAAGUUCAAUUUUUGUCACAUCAGGCCUGAAGAUCUUUGUCCCCAUGUGCACUUGCAAACUGUAGUCUGGCUUUUUUAUGGAGGUUUUGGAGCAUUGGCUUCUUCCUUGCUGAGCAGCCUUUCAGGUUAUGUCGAUAUAGGACUCGUUUUACUGUGGAUAGUGAUACUUGUCUACCUGUUUCUUCCAGCAUCUUCACAAGGUCCUUUGCUGUUGUUCUGGGAUUGAUUUGCACUUUUUGCACCAAACUACGUUCAUCUCUAGGAUACAGAAUGCGUCUCCUUCCUGAGCGGUAUGAUGGCUGCAUGGUCCCAUGGUAUUUAUACUUCUGUACUAUUGUUUGUACAGAUGAACGUGGUACCUUCAGGUGUUUGGAAAUUGCUCCCAAGGAUGAACCAGACUUGUGGAGGUCCACAAUUUUUUUCUGAGGUCUUGGCUGAUUUCUUUUGAUUUUCCCAUGAUGUCAAGCAAAGAGGCACUGAGUUUGAAGGUAGGCCUUAAAAUACAUCCACAGGUACACCUCCAAUUCAGUACACCUCCUAUCAGAAGCUAAUUGGCUAAUAGUCUAAAGGCUUGACAUCAUUUUCUGGAAUUUUCCAAGCUGCUAAAAGGCACAGUUAACUUAGUGUAUGUACACUUCUGACCCAUUGGAAUUGUGAUAUAGUCAAUUAAAAGUGAAACAAUCUGUCUUUAAACAAUUGUUGAAAAAAUUAUUUGUGUCAUGCACAAAGUAGAUGUCCUAAACAACUUGCCAAAACUAUAGUUUGCUAAUUUUAGAUCUCUGGACUGGUUAAAAAAUGAGUUUUAAUGACUUCAACCUAAGUGUAUGUAAACUUCUGACUUUAACAGUAUAUAUAAUAUGCAUUUCAAUUACAUCUUAAAGGCAUUCUAACCCACAAUCAAUAUGUACAUUUAUAAUGCAUAGUUCAAAAAUAACUUUGCUAUGACUUUUAAAGCAAUGUGUAUUAUUUGGGUGACAUUUUACAAGGUUCUAUUUGUUAACAUUAGUAAAUGCAUUAGGUAUCACGAACCAUCAAUGAACACUGUAUUUUGGUAACACUUUACAAUAAGGUUCCAUUUGUUAACAUUAGUUAACACAUUAGGUAUCAAGAACUAACAGUGAACAAUAUUUUUUUAUAGCAUUUAUUAAUCUUAGUUAAUGUUAGUUAAUCAUAGUGCAUUAACUAAUGGUAACACAUAAAUGUUUUGAUUUUAAAAAUGUAUUACUAUAUGUUGAAAUUAACAUUAACCAAGUUUAAUAAAUGCUGUAAAAGUAUUGUUCAUUGUUUGUUCAUUUUAACUAAUGUUACUAAUGGAACCUUUUUGUAAAGUGUUACAGAUUUUUUUACAGCAUUUAUUAUUAUAUAACACAAAUAACUAUUAUUCAUCACUUAUCAACAUAUGCAAUCUUUAAGUGUAAAAAUGUAUUAGUAUUUGUGGAAAUGAACAUUAACCAAUAUUAAUAAAUGAAGUAAAAAAUAUAUUAUUCAUUGUUAGUUCAUGUUAACUAUUGCGUCCACAAAUGUUAACAAAUACAACCUUAUUGUAAAGUGUUAGCAUUAUUUGUUAUAGUAAAAAAAAAUUAUUUUAAAGUGCUGCAUCUGAUUUGAGCUAAAAGAAAAAAAAAUUACUGUGAUUUGUUACAAAAGAUAAUCCUAUAUGUAAUGUACUUCUAACUUUUCUUGUCAUGCUGUCCAUGUAACGGUACAUUGUAAGUUAUUCUCCUCUUUAACACAUUUCUACAUCUCCUCAUGUGAUAUAUUAUAAAUGUGGUAAUUCAAACAUGUUUAAUCAACAUUAAACUUUUUUGUUACAGUCUAGCAAGUAA